GUGACGUCGGGUGACACGAGCAUUUCUCUCACGACAUUUGGCCUCCAGGCUCAUCAUCGCACGGUACUCUCAGCUAUUCGCCUAAGAUGAGUAAAGUUGUGUUCGUUGGCAAUGUCCCUUACAACAUGGGCGAGGUGCGUUUCCCUUCAGAUAUUUUCUCUGCCAUCUAGACAUGCUCAAGGUGUUACAGGAGCAACUAAUAGAUGUCUUCAAAUCCGUUGGUCAAGUUAUCGGCUUUAGACUCGUAUUCGACCGAGAUACAGGCAAGCCGAAGGGAUAUGGCUUCUGCGAAUUUGCGGACCAUGAGACGGCAUCAUCUGCUGUACGCAACCUGAAUGGAUAUGAGGUUGGCGGUCGACCUCUACGCAUCGACUUGGCAGAUUCCGACCCCUUCCUGGAAGGGAAAACGACAGUGCGCGGCGAACUUGUUGAUGGCGGGUCAGGCUCGACUCAAGAUCGAUGGCGAAGUGGCGACAAUGUUCGUGAACCAAACGACUUCUUGAACUCCCUGCCAAGUGGUAUACCAGUCCCGCCAGGAGCGACCUCACUCGAUAUGAUCAGUACGACAUUGGCCACCAUGAAUCAAAGGGAGCUCAUGGAUGUAUUGGCGCAUAUGAAGGCAUUUGUUAUAACACACCCAGAUCAAGCGCACGCAUUACUAGUUGCUCACCCUCAGCUCGCCUACGCCCUAUUUCAAGCUCUUUUGCUCAACAAAAUUGUCGAUUCCGGUAUCCUCCACCGAAUGCUCAGUGCAACAACGCAAGCUGCAGCAACGGGGGCCCAACCAACCGGGGCAGCAGGUCCUUCAAGACCGUCUGGCGCGCCACAAUCAAACAACGGAACAUCUGUACCCCCACCUCAAUCCCAAUUCCAACCAACUUACGGUUACGCAGCGCCGCCGCCGCCAGGUAUGAUGCCACCAUACAUGACACCAGGAAUGCCUCCACCUGGUGCUAUGUUCCCACCGCCAAUGCCUCCUUCGUAUUUCCGACCCCCGCCACCGAUGGGAUUGAUGUCGAGUCCACCGCCUCAGUCUUCAUCACAAACAUCUGAUAAAAUGUCGGCCCCUCCUGGAGGAGCGCCUCUAAUGACACACCUUUCUCAGGCUCAGCCGCCAGAGAUCACCGAUUCGCAAAAGGCUAUGCUUAUGCAAGUAUUCUCAUUGAAACCGGAAGAAAUCAACCGGCUACCCGAGCAAGAAAAGGCUGCUAUUCAACAACUGCGGGCACAAUUUAUGAACAACAUGAACCCUCUCGCUACAACAUAGUCACACUGCUGUCGUUGCUACGUACACCUAAUUUUGCUACCCGCCUCAAAUACAAAUCAUUGUAGAGCAGCCUUGCCAGUGAAAAAAAAAACUUGUAACAGUUUUGCGC